AAUGUUUUAUAAAGUAAAAUUUUGCUAUUAUACCAUCACAUGAGAAUGAAACCUGAAUGAGGAGGCUCAUUGGAGAAUUUCUAUCAAGUUGGAAAUUAUUUUAACUGAUCGUAGAUAUUCAGUAUAAAGUGCGGAUCUAUUUUGUAAUGCAUUCUAUACGCCUUUGUGGUUGGCUAGUAUUUAAUUUUUUGUACUUUUCCCUCUCGGUUGCAGAACUAACUGAUGACCAAGCAGAAACCACGGUAGAAUAUCUUAAAAGAUACGGCUAUAUUGACAGAGUUAGUAAACGUGGCGGGAACGAGUUUUCGUCCAAAGAGUUGUCAGAGGCAUUAUCAAAGCUCCAGAAAUAUGCUGGACUGACUGACGUCACUGGAAAUUUAACCCCAGAGACUUUGAAACUAAUGAGAACUUCUCGAUGCGGAGUCCUGGAUCCAAUCGAUGAUUCCACAGGUGAACUGGAACAUAGGCGAGCGAAACGAUACGAGCUUAUAGGAUCACGGUGGAGGCACAAUGACGUAACCUACAGAAUUCUCAACUACAGCCCAGAUCUUCCUAACAAAACUAUUGACAAGGUGAUCAAAAAAGCUUUUAACAUGUGGUCUGCCGUGUCGCCAUUGACAUUUACACGUUUAUAUUCCGACGAUGCUGAUAUACGAAUACGUUUCGGUACAUAUUCACACGGCGACUCGUGGGCAUUUGACGGAGAAGGUGGCACGCUAGCUCAUGCAUUCGCACCCGGCAGUAAUAAACAUGGCAUUAAUGGUGACUUGCAUUUCGACGAUUCUGAAACGUUUACACAUCGCAGCCACAAAGGAACAAAUCUUCUAUUCACUGCUGUCCACGAAUUGGGUCACUCACUUGGUUUGGAACACUCUGACGUCAGAGGAUCGGUCAUGUAUCCAUGGUACUAUGGUUAUAGAAAAAAUCUUGCACUUCAACCUGACGACAUCGCUGGGAUCCAAGCCAUAUAUGGCUCAAAAGAAAGCCCGAAAACAGUAGCGCCACCAACAACAGAAACUCCUGAAUAUUGGACGCCCCCUCCGACAUGGAGUGACGAAGACGCUGCCAACUUUCCGUGGCCGAAUGACCCAAAGUGUGACAUCACAUUCAAUGGUAUUAUAAAGCUUAGAUCCCAAAUCUAUGCCUUCGAGGGGAACUCUUUCUGGCGUUGGCAAUCACAUGAAGGUGGCAGAUAUAGCAUUCUGAUAUCAAAUAUGGCUGCGACUAGGUUUCUGAGAGGGUUGCCGGACAAUGUCGACGCAGCAUACUUCAACACACAUACAGCUAUUGUUCGUGUUUUCAAAGAUGAGGAAUAUUGGGAUUAUUCGAUAGACGAUCCUACCAGCAGCAAUCCACAGAAGAUUACAAACUUGAGCAAAAAAUUACCUGCAAAGAUCGACGCUGCUGUAUUUUCAGACAGAGAUGAUAAAACAUUCAUGUUUAGGGGCAAGAAUGUGUGGCGGUAUGACGAAGGAACCAAGCAGGUCGAUGGAGGCUACCCAAAGCCUAUCGCAGUGGAAUUUCCAGGAAUAGGAGAAAGAGUCGAUGCAGCUUUUCGUGGGGAGAAUGACGAGUCGAUAUAUUUUUUGACAGAUAGAGUGUUACGACAAGUUGACAUCUCUCGCCAUUUGUUGAUGGCUGAGCCUGUGUUCUUUGCUGAAAAAUUUCUCGGUUGUGAACGUUCUUAGGCAAUGUAGAAAACAGAUGUAAUGUAUUGUAUUGCGUUGUUAUAUGCUGGCCUACAGGUUUUUGUAUUAGUGAAUACUCUUUAUAGCUUUAUGUCAUUAAUUAGGAAUUUGUUUUAAAAGGGUGAUGGCCUAUCGUUUUGUGCGUAUUACUAUCUAGGUUUACAGAUAUACUGUGUUCUUUCCAGUCAACAACGCAACGCAAAUUAUGGGAUGGACUCGCAGUUGGAGGAGAAUUGCCUCAAUGGCAUACAUGUACGAAUAAAUUGAUUAUUUUUUAGUACAGAACCUCUAUUGGUAAUAGCCAAUGGUCGAGCCGGUAUGCCUGGGAUUUUUUCCAUUUUAACUUGUUAUUAUUGUUGGUUUAUGUGUAUAGUUUAAGCAGAUAUGCCGUUGAGGGCAUUAGUAGCAAAUACAAUUGUAACAUGAAGCUUGUUUUGUUUUAUGUACACAAAGACAUUAAUGGUAUGGAACGACGAUAAUCAGUUUGACUUAUGAUGUCAUUGGUCGAUGAAAUAUUAGGACCAGUUUUAUGGUAAAUCUAACUAAUUUGGACCCAUUUUUUGAAAUUGUGGACCCAUUUCAUGCACGUAAACUGAAUAAUGUGAACCAUUUUAAGAAUUGGGACCCAUUUUACACCUAAAAGUUUACUGUGGACCCAUUUCAUGCGUAUAAAGUCAAUACUGUAGACCGUUAAAAAAAUAUCUACUUUAUGAAUAAAACUUAAUGUGGACCGAU